AUGAUAGAGGAGGAUGCUACGUAUGAAUCUUUGAGCAUCCACAAAGGAGGCGACAACCAAGGCCAGGCAAUGUCUGUGGCUUUCAACCAAGGUUUUGAGAAAUUCCGACGGUUCGCUAUAGAUGUCCACAAAGAUAUUGACUGGGAUGCCAUAACCCCGUCUGCUGCACAGGAAAUCAUCUCCAGCGGUGCACACCCAAUAGAGCAAGGUCACCAACCAGCAAAAGGCAACGAUAAUGACUGGUGA